GCUGUAUAUAGGCGACGGCGGCGGCGCCCGGGACUCGGCAGUCCGCGGCAGCAGCGGGGCCGGAGCAGGCGGGCGAGGGCGAGGAAGAGGAAGAGGACGAGCUGGGAACAUGCCUCUGUCACAGAGCAACCUCCGGCAGACCCCCUGCAGCAGGAAGAGCUGCAGAAACCUCUUUGGCCCAGUGGAUCAUGAGCAGCUCCAGAGCGACUUUCAGGACUCGAUGAGGAAAAACCUGGAAGAAGCCCAGCUCAAGUGGAAUUUUGACUUUGAAACUGAAACGCCGCUGGAAGGUGCCUUCAAGUGGGAGAGGGUCCCAUUUCCAGACAUGUCUUCUGAGUACCUCUGCAGCCACUCCAAAGUCCCUGGAGAGAACAGUCGAAGCACUUCCACCCUCAAGAUUCCCACAAAAGAUCUCCUUAAUCGGCCCUUCUCGGGUGAAACCAUACAACAGGUCUCUGAGGCCAAUCGGGCCAGCUCUCCAAGGCGCCUGAAACGCAGACAGACCACCAUUAAAGAUUUCUACAGUUUAAAGCGGAAGAUCUCGUCCAGCAAGCCAAAUCCUUGAUCUCAGAAUAAACGCUACUGUCUGUGCCUUUGUCUUGGGCACCAUCACUGAGAUCUGUUUUCCCCAACUAACCUUUAAUGGAGCCAUGUUGCCCUCUGAAAUGCCUCCUGUGAAAGAACAUGGAGGAGUUGCCUGUUGGGUAGGACAGAAUCUGUGGGGACUUUCCUGAAGCUGCCCAUGGGCCUUGGCUACCAUCCUCUCUCUGUACUGUAUAAGCUUCUUCCUUGAUCUGUGUGUUUAAGUGGUAUAGUGUUUAUAGUGCCCUAUUUAUGAUUUAGUCCUGGGUACCUAGUGACCCACCCAUGUGCAAUGUGUAUUGUAAAGCAUUAUUUAAACUAGACUUGGAUUAUGCUUGGGUAAGUUCUUGGGACUGUGGAAAAGAGGGGAUGACAGAGGCUGAAAAGUAGGCCCCGGAGGCUCGUGUGAUGGUAAUAAGGAGUGCAGCAAUGGGUACAAGAGACAGACAAAAGUACUCCCACCUAGGAUGUGGGUCUCAAACUCCUGGAACCAUCUAUCUUCCCUCUCCUCCUGGCCACUUCCUUGAGCCCAGGAUGCAAAAAGAAGGUAGAGAGGGAUCUUCAUCUUUAGGUAGCUGUACCUCACUUAAAAGGAGCAACGGGGUGUCCAGCAUCCAGGUUCUAGCUCAUGGGAUCAACUUUGGAGCCAUUUAUUUGUGUCUCCUCACUAAGCCUCACCGCUACUGAGCAGCUUCACAUGCAUUGAAUUUGCACUGGAAGGAGAGAGCCAUGCAUGCACUGUCUGCCUUGGUGUCAGUGUAUCAGUCCAGUGGAGGUUACUGCUCUUCCUUUUUUCUUUCUAAAGGAAUAGUCUGUUGAGGAAGAAGGAGAUGCCAUGGGCUAUGUAGCAAGCACCCCUGCUGCACUGACUUACAAAUCUGAAUCAGUUUGGGGUGGAGCCUCAUGGGGAAGAGUCUCCUAGCAUCUACCCUGUAACUCAGGUCGGGUGCUGUUCCUCUUUCAGGCUACUUCCACACAGAACUGAACUUACCAAGAGAAUUAUCAUGUAGCUCUAAAGUGUGUCUUGUUUCUGUAUUAGUGGCAAGUGUUUUGUGAGUUGUGCAGGAAGCCUGGACAGGGGUGGAGGAGUCCACUUGGCAGGCAGCACCAGGAAUGCUGGUCCAUCUUGCAUUUAACAGGCUAAUGUACUGCUCUGGUCUUUCCACGCUUGUAUGAGAUCAGAAUGUGCCCUGAAGGUUGCUUUUCAUAAUCUCCCCCCCAUGCUAAUGCUACAUCUAACUGGCUUCUAGCACAGGCUGACCCAGAACAUGCUCGAUAGAGGAUAUAGUUUCCCAGUAGCUAGGCUGGACUUCCAUAAUAGAAGCAGAGCAACUCCUCCUGUGGGAGGCAGGGUGAUGUUGUGGCUUGCUGUACCACAACCACUUGGCUUCUGCUGGUCUAACUAGAACUGGAAAAAAAAAUCCAGUUUAUGCUACUGGAUCUCUUCAGGUGUUGGGCAGGACCAUCUGUGCAUGAAGGAGGAGCAUAUGCUCUUGUUAGAGAUUGGUCUGAAGCCUUAUCAGAAAUCCUGAGACACUUUAUCUCAUCCUACUGAUCUUGGACUGCUGAACAUAGGCAGAACAAGCCUCUGCCAUGGAUGGACUCAGUCUUGUCCCCUUCUCAUCUUAAUGCACUUUGGUGUCAGAGAAAUGCUGGCAAACUCUUAGCACUAAUAGGAUCUUAUUUACAAAUAAACUGGAGAAUCAACUAGAAAAGAUAGUUUAAAAUAUAACUUAUGAAUAAAAACAUCUUUGUGUAUAACUGAAA